GGCGGCGUCAACGCGUUCCGCCCACUCCAGGAGGAGAUAUUCGCCGCGGCACGGACGACUCGAUCCUGGCCUGGACCACGACGGACGCGAGCACGACCCAAGAUAGCCUGGGCCCAUUGGUCACCAGCCAGCCCGUGCUUGCACCCUCGCCUGCAUACUUUCGUGGCCAGGGCAACGUCAUCCACUUCCUCUCCUCUUGGGCGCUCCAGGUCGAUCACAUGUCCCUGACACCAUGGGGUGUCUUGAUCGAGGCCCCAGUCCUGGCAUCAGACGAAGACUUGCAGCAUAUCACGGCCGUCCUGUCCAGUCGCUGGGUGGCCGACUUUCGCGGUCCGCUCGCCAUAGACCUUGAGUCCGCUAGUGUCUUUGAUGAGUGGGCACCUCCGGAUCACCGCGUUUACAAGCGUAUCGGGCUCCGCCAAGUUCAGUUGCCAGAGGACGCGGCUCCACGUGACAACUUGUCGGUAUACCUGCACAAUCUCCCGCGGCGCAAGAUCCGCCUCGUCGACAGUGCCAGCCCGCUUGGCCUACUUGCAGGCGAAGGGCGGGUCACAACAAGGACGAAGCUGCCGCGGAUCUGGGUGCGGCUGGUCGAGGAGGGUGUCAAGAUCGUGUCUGUAUUGCCUGCUACUGCAUGGAAUCCCGAGCUCCUUGUCCUUGAACCUUCGACCGUGGACCCAUACAAAUCUCAGCGGCAGGUCAUGGUAUUGUCGGAUGACGAAGCCACCGCUGCUGCUAACGGCGAUGGCUGUGCUGAGGCUGGGCUCCAUGUGAUUGUGCUAUCGGUGCGCCACACGGGCAGGGCCGCUGAGCCGUACGAGGUGGGUGUCCUCAUGUUCCCAGUCUGGCCUGGCAGGGGCUCGCUGCAGGACUGCUUGAAGGAUGCGCAGCAGAUGGAGGUGCCGCCGGAGUCACUUUGUACGUUCUAUAACCGCCCCGUCGGGCCGUGGCGGCCAAAUGUUGCAUCGCAGACCAGCAAGCUUGGCGAGUCUAUGAUCAGAGCGAGCCUUUGGGAAGACCUAGUAUUCGGCGAAAAGGUCCAUGUUCUGGACAUUGAGAGAGAUCGCACCACUGCAUAGUCAUACACUUCCCAUGGAUGAAGGUACCAGGCAGCUCAUGGGAUAUAUAAUCUACAUAGCUUGCUAGGAUACCCAUUAAUGAAUGUUCAAUCGUUCUAGUCCACCUUCAUUGCGGAUGCUAUCUAGGUUCAGGUAACAAAUGUACGUC